GUUGUGGAGGCCGUCAAAAAACAUGGCGUAAAACUGACAACAAUUAUGACCACUCAUCACCACUGGGAUCAUGCUGGUGGAAAUAAGAAGAUGGUGAAGUUAAUUCCAGGACUGAGGGUCUACGGAGGAGACGACAGAAUUGAUGGUCUUACAAAGAAAGUUUCUCACUCCAACAGUUUCAAAGUUGGAUCACUUGAUGUCAAAUGCCUGUUCACACCGUGUCACACAACUGGUCACAUUUGCUAUUAUGUGACGAAACAAAACAGCACCGAGCCGCCUGCUGUUUUCACAGGUAACCUGAUCAGAUCAGAUGAACUGCACAAAUUAACCUUCAUGCACAAAUCUGCACAGCUCCCUCAUUUUAAAACAAAG